AUGACAACCGAAUCGUUUCGUUGCGUAACGAAAGCCUACCAAAACGUACACCACUUCCACGCCAUGACUCCCAUCUCAAACAUGACGGACUCGGAUAUGGAGGACUUCGACGACGAGGACCGCUCCUACGACAGGUCCAGCGAUUUCAUGAGUAUCGGCGGCUCCGACGGCGACCACGACGACGACGACUGCGUGAGCAUCACAUCCAAUAUGUCGCACCUGAAGACGACGAGCAAAGACAAGUCGGCCACCAAAGAGAACGACAUCUCGUCGCCGACCAACUCGGACGCCGACCUCGACUCGAAGACUAAGAAGAAGAGGUUCACGAAAUCGCGGACUCGCGCCAGAAGUCCCACAGUUGUCGUCCGCAUCAAAAAGAACCGCCGAUUGAAAGCCAACGAUAGGGAGAGGAAUCGGAUGCAUAUGUUGAACAAAGCCCUGGAAAAGCUGCGGAAAGUGUUGCCGGCCUUUCCGGACGACACGAAACUGACGAAAAUAGAAACCCUACGAUUCGCCCACAACUACAUCUGGGCCUUAAGCGAAACCGUCAAAAUGCUGGACUCCCGGGACAACAACAACAUGUCUCUCAUCGCCUCCCAGGCCAUCGCCGCCGCGUCCGAAGCCCUGUCAGCGAAGCCUAGUAUAGGUAUAGAUGUGACACACUUUCCAGCCAUUAAUUCGCCGUCAAGUGUCGACACAUACAACAGCACCAUAUCGUCGUCGACGACGUCUUCGCCGCCGCCACCACUCAAUUGGGACUCCGAAGCAAAACCCAAAUUAGACAUCACUUCCAAUGGGACCGAUUCCGCGGACACGUCCUCGAGAUCGGGCUCUGAGAGUAGUUUUCUAAUGUUGUGA